AUGAAUUUUGAAGAACUCAUUAAAAAAUUGCAUGUUCUCCUUGCUGAAAAGGAUGUCGCUGAAGUCAAGGAGGAAGUGAUUCGCGUAAUGAAAUCUUAUAAAUCCAACAAGGACGAUUGGAAAAAAUAUGCUCAUUUCAGUGCCCAAAGGUAUAAAGAAAAUGACCAGAAAAAACAUACUAUUAAAAUCGUAAUGUCUGCGUUUGAUAUUAUGUUAAUAAUUUGCCAUUGUUUUCAAUAGUUAUACGCGAAAUUUGGUUGACAGAGGAAAUGGGAAAUUUAACUUGAUAUUAUUGUGCUGGGGUGAAGGACAGGGAAGGUAAAUAAGUAACAGUUAGGGGCCAUGAGGCAAUGAAACUUGCAAUGUAGUUUCAGAUAUAGUCUGUCUGAGACAUGUUAUCUACGAAUAAACGGUGGUCACAGAGAAAUGCACUACCUUCCUGGCACUUUCAUUAAGUAAUAUACUCUUACAAAGUAUGAAAAAAUACAAGAAAUAUGAAAAAUAUUGGCAGAAUAAACAGUUUCAGAUAACAUGACUUUUUGUUAGAAAUUGCAGUGCAAGUUGCAACAGUUCCGGACAGGUAAACGUAAUAACAACAAUGUAAAUGUUUUUUAUUCAAUAUUUCAAACAUAAUAAUUCAUAAGCUUAUUGGCAAAUCAUGUCAACCAUACUAAAUGCCACUCCUAAUUACUACACUGGAGUGCGCGAUUGCUUUGCGGUGCAACAGCUGGACAUUUACACAGCGCAUGCACUAGUUUAAGCGCGCAAUCCCUGGGGCGGUUGAAGGAAAUCAAUAUGGCGACGUAUGAAAGCGAAAGUAGUGUUUCGUGGAUUUAUCUGGUUUUAAACUUAAUUUAGUAAAACAACAUUAUAAUGAACGAGAACCUUGUAAAAUUUAUCUCUUUAUUCUCGUUUAUAAAUUCUAUGUUGUAUACAUGCUUUGAACAAUUAUAGAACACCCCUAGCUAUAGUGACUGUAUAUGCAUUGUUAUGUACCGAUCAAUUCGAAACUUCAACAUGCCCCCCCCCCCCGGACCGACUCCGGGAAUUUGAACUUUUUGAAAUUUGACUGAUCAAAUUCUCCACCCCCUUUGCAAAAAGUGUCUUCAAAUGCCCCCACUGUGACAAGAAAUUAAACGUUUAAAUGCCCCACCCUCUAAGUUAUUUGUGUUAAAGCAGACGCUUUUUUAAUUUUAUAGACGACGAGAUAGCGAAAUUGCCGCGAAAUCAAAAAGUCCAAUUUUUUUUUGCCUAACUUCAAAUAUCAAUUUAUAAGAAAGGAUACCAUUCGGUUAUCACACAUGCCCUUUAUCGCUUCUUUGACGUGAGUUUAAUAACUGGUUGAUGAGUUGUUUUGUUUUUCAUUACCCAACCUUUGCUCACUCGAAUCUUUGUUUACCCAACCCUUUUCUCUUCGGUACAACCCCUCCCUUCUUCCGCCAUAAAUAAUGACCGGUCCCGGCUUAUCAUUGUUGCAUAGCCUGCGAAAUUGCAUUGCAAAACCAGCACGUUUAAAAUUUCAUAGUUCUUUGGUCGCUGCAAAAAGGUACCGAUGCAGGGUGAAAACGCAAAGCCCGAGACAUUAAAUAGCAAGGGUGGGUAGUAGCGAAGUAGUUGUAGUUCGCUACUAUAGCGAACUACAUUUUUCAAGUAGCCAGUAGUUUCUGACUACUUUUUUAAAACAGUAGCUGUAGUUAUAGCGAACUACAUUUUGCCUAAAAGUAGCCAAGUAGUUGACUACUUUUCAAACAGCGAAUCGCUAUUCGCUAUUUUUUUAAAUUGUUAGCGACUUGAUAGAAUAGCAUGAUAUUGAUUGUGACACGUUUUGCUUAAAAUCAAUCCCCAAUAGUCAAUUAUUUGCACUCCCGAAGAGUGUACGUAGUGCUUACAAAAAUGUUGCUUUGUGUUUACUGUUGCUACUCGUAAGUCGAUUUGUUAUAGGUUAUACAUUGCAGUCUGAGUUACUAGAUGCUCCAAAUACAGUAAAACUAAAAAGUAUAGUGUAACGAAAUAGCGAAAUAGUUCGCUACAUUUUUUAAGCAGUAGCUGUAGUCAGUAGCGAACUACCUUUGUUCAAAAGUAGCAGUAGUUGUAGCUGACUACAUAUUUUUGAAGUAGCUGUAGUUAUAGCGAACUACAAAUAUUUUGUAGUCAACCAACUUAAGCUUGAUGGCAUUAUCAGACUUGUCAACAAAGUUGUUAUAACAAGUUUGAUACAGUCAUGAUAUCACGAGAAUCUUACAAGGUUGACUACCCAAGGUUGUAACAAUAUUGUUAUACCAUGACUGUAUCGGACUUGUCGGAACAACCUUGCAACAAGUUUGACAGUAUCAACUAUCAACAAGGUUGUUACAAGUUGUUAACAGCUUGUUCUAAACUUGUUGACAACUUGAGACAAGCAGUGCGAACACAACUUGUUGAUGGCUUGUUGGCAGGCUUGCCACAAGAUGCCCGAGAUUUUUGCGUGUGUAGUUUAAUGACUGUGUUCUUAACCUGCAACGUCUGUGUUUAGUGGUGUGCAUGACCAUUCUGGUUCGCAUUGUUUCAUGAAGAUAAUGGAAGGACAACUGGUGGAGACUUUAUUUGCCUGGCCUCAUGAUCCGAAUGUUCAAGAACAACUUACUGAAAUUGACAGUAAAACGUAUGAAAAUGAUCAAGUUGCGCACAUAUGUGGUAAGAUUAUUUCAAAUGUUUUCAUGUGAAUAUUAGAAAUAAUAAGUUGAAAUAAUGUCACUGGUAGUAAUAAGGGACUGAUCAUUUUUUAUUGGGGGGGGGGGUCGCAUCGAAGAGAAAUGUUUUUCUGUAUCUUCGUAACAAUUUUGCUGAUCCCACCAUCGAAAAGACAAAACAGUUUUUACCCAACCUCAAAUAUCAAUUAAAAAACAAAUACCCACCUCUGGCCAAAAAUGUUACAAAAGGAUACCAUUCACAGUGUCGUUUACCACUUCUGUGACAUGAGUUUGACAACUGCUUGUGCAAUUUUCUGCAGUCUAAAGUUUCGUGUUGUCUGCACAUGUGCUUUCUUUGGAGACACCAUUUGCCUCCUGACAAAUCAGAAAAUGAUCAAGAUAGUGACUCUGAUUGAUUUAUAUAUUGUACUGACAUGUGACUGUUGACAAUGCUUUUUGAGUCUUCAGUAUUUGAGUGAGUCAUGCUUUGGAGGCAUGAUUUACCCAAGGCAUUUUCUCUUCGCUGCCAGUCCUCGCCAUAAAUAAUGACUGGUCCCUAAGUUUAUGUCGGUAGUGUAAGAAGUUUCCCAUACAUAAUUACAUCACGUAAAUUGUUAAUACAGUUUUAGGGAGGAAUAUACGGAACAUUUCGGAAAUAUCAAACCCAUUCUCUAUUUAUACAAGGUCAAGGCAGGUUAAUACUAAGGUUCAUAUACGCAUUUAGGUUUGUGCAUGACGGAUCACAAAAAAUUUACCUUGUCCUUGGAUUCCAAUGGCCGCAUCUAGGAGACUAUAAACCUUUAGUACAAUGGUAUUUGCACGAAAUACUACAUUUUAUCGUUGUCGUGCAAGGUUUAAAACCCUUGUCAAGCUAGAAAAUUAAGUUUGAAGUGGAAUAGUGCUAAUAAACACGGCUUUUUGAAAAAAAGACUAGGGCGGCAAACUAAAACCUUUACUCCAACAGACAAUUUCAAGAAAUAUAAGAAAAAAUAUACUCGGCCGAAUAAUAACGUCAUCUUGUAAACCCAAUGUCAUCUUGUGAUAUUUCGACUCUAUUUCAGGGUCAUUGUCAUAUUGCCUGAAACAGAGUCGAAAUAUCACCACCAUAAUUUGCAUGGGCGUACCGGAAGGAAAAAAUUAGGGGGCGGAAAGAAAAUUGCCCGACUUCUCGUAAAAUUGCCCGACUUUUCGUGAUUGUGCCCGACUAGUACCAAAAUUUUUUUUCCGGAAAAUUUAUUUUGGCGACCUCCCCCCCCCCCUUUCCCCCCGUCGCCAAAAAAUUUCGGUCAGUGUACCAUUUAAGGGGUCAAAAAAAUUUUCCGGAGAUACCCAAAUUUUUCGGAACAUCACAUAAAUUUACUAAAUUUUCUACAUUUGCCACAAAAUUUACUAAAUUUUCCAAAAAAUUGACACAAUUUGUCCGAUUUUUUUUUAUAACAACCCAAAAUUGCCCGACUGUUAAUCGAAUAUUGCCCGACUGCCCAAAAAACUGGGGGGGGCUACGCCCCCCCCCCCCGCCCGGUACGCCCAUGAUAAUUUGUGUCCUGUUUUCAGCGGUUUAAAUAACUAGUUUCAGUUGAGUUUACAAGAUGACAUUAUUUUACUUGUAGUUGCCUAUAUGUAUGAAUUUGACUAUGACUAUGUCAUUUGCAGAUGACCACGGAAUUCACAGAGUUGAGAAUAGAAGCCAUUCCAAUCCAGCUGUUUCGCUUCAUCUGUAUUCACCACCAUUUGAUGCUGCACAGUCGUUUGAUGAAAACUCAGGCAAAGCCAAAAAAUGUAAAGUCACAUUCCACAGUGAAAAUGGCCAAAUUAACAAUUAA